GUUUCCUCCUUCUUUGCUGAGACAGAUUACAGAGGGCGUCAAGACAAACAGCAGUUCCACAGCCGUUUGACAGAGUGGGAUUAAUGAAGAUAAACGGAUCGUUAAGGAAUAGGACAGUGAGAAACCGGUGAUGUUGAGAAAGGGGGAGUGGGUUUGGGUGGACUCCGACAUCGGGGUCCCAAUUGGAGCUAAGGUGAAAGUCACACCGUCAGGCCAGCGGUUACUGGUGGACGAUGAGGGAAAGGAGCAGAGUCUGUCUCCGGAGCUGGAGGCAUCUCUCAAGAUCAUGCACCCAACAUCAGUGGAGGGUGUGGAAGACAUGAUCAAACUGGGAGACAUGAACGAGGCCGGCCUGCUCAGAAACCUGCUGCUCCGUCACAAACGAGGCCAAAUCUACACCUACACAGGCUCAGUACUGGUAGCGGUAAACCCUUACCAGGAUUAUCCCAUGUAUUCAGCUGAGCAGGUAAAAUUGUAUCAAGGUAGAAAGCUUGGAGAACUUCCUCCACACAUCUUUGGCAUCGCUGAAACUUGCUACAGUAACAUGAAGCGCCGCCUCAAGAACCAGUGCUGCAUUAUCAGUGGGGAAUCAGGAGCAGGGAAGACAGAGAGCACAAAGCUGAUCCUUCAGUACUUGGCAGCAGUCAGUGGAGAACUCUCUGAACGACAGAUUGAAGAGCAGAUCCUGGAGUCUAACCCAAUACUGGAGGCAUUUGGAAAUGCCAAAACCAUCCGCAACGAUAACUCCAGUCGCUUUGGGAAAUAUCUGGAGAUCUUCUUCAGUCAGGAGGGAGUGAUUGAAGGAGCUCGGGUGGAGCAGUAUCUGCUGGAGAAGUCUCGUGUCUGCCAUCAGGCCCUCGAGGAGAGGAACUACCACGUGUUUUACUGUCUGCUAGCAGGAGUCACAGAGGAGGAGAAGAAAACUCUGAACCUUGGAAAAGCUGAGGAGUAUAGAUUCCUUUCUAAGGGCAGCUGUAUCGUGUGUGCAGGCAGGGAUGAUGCUAAAGACUACACACGUAUCCGUUCUGCAAUGAAAAUCUUGAACUUUACAGAAAGCCAGUGCUUGCAAAUCUUCAAUCUACUGGCGGCUAUUUUACACCUGGGAAACGUUUGCUUUGAGGCAAACACACAAAACAACCUGGAAACCAGUGAUGUCAGCAAGUCUGAGCACUUCAGCAUCACAGCGUCACUGCUGGAGGUUGAGAAGUCAUCCCUGUCAACGAGUCUGACCCAUCGUUCAUUCAAGACAAACAGAGAGAGAGUGACCAAACCUCUGAACUCCGAGCAGGCCUCUGACUGCAGGGACGCCUUCGUCAAGGCAAUCUACAACAAGCUUUUCAUCUGGAUCGUUGAAAAAAUCAACAGUGUUAUCUAUAACAAACUGAAAAAAAGCUCCAAAUCCUCUUUCUUGUCCAUUGGCCUGCUUGACAUCUUUGGCUUUGAGAACUUCUACAAAAACAGCUUUGAGCAGCUGUGCAUUAACUUUGCAAACGAGAAGCUGCAGCAGUUCUUUGUGGCCCACAUUUUCAAGCUGGAGCAGAAGGAGUACAUGAAGGAGGACAUCGUGUGGAAUAACAUCAAGUUCAGUGAUAAUGAGAAAAUCCUGGACCUCCUGGCUGGAAAGCCCUGUAACCUGCUAGCACUGAUUGAUGAAGAAAGCCAGUUUCCAAAGGGCACAGACAUCACACUGCUGAACAAGAUGAACCAGCAGCACAGCAAGAACAACACCUACAUUGCAUCAAAAAGUCAACAUGACACAGACUUUGGGAUUCACCACUUUGCAGGCGUGGUUUAUUACGACUCCAAUGGGUUCCUGGAAAAGAACCGAGAUGCCAUCAGUCCUGACAUAAUCAAGAUGAUUGAUGUCUCAGACAACAAGCUCCUUCGUCAGAUAUUCGAGUCUGAUGUUUCAGUAAAUGGAGUGAAGAUCAGUAACAACAAGAAGAUCAUCAUGACACCCAAGAGCUCACUACGGGCAAAGACUGAGGGUCGAAAGCAAGUGCCGACGCUGAGCGGUCAGUUCCGUCAGUCUCUGGACUCCUUGAUGAAGGCCCUGUCUGCCUGCGAGCCCUUCUUCAUCCGCUGCUUCAAACCCAACAACGACAAACAGUCUGAGCUGUUCGACAGAGAGCUGUGCAUGCGUCAGCUGAGAUAUUCCGGCAUGAUGGACACCAUCCGUAUCCGGAAGCUGGGAUACCCGAUUCGCCACACCUUUCAGGAUUUCCUGAGGCGUUACCGGGUGCUUCUGAAGACCACCAUCUGCAACCCCAAAACUAAGUCAGCUGCUGCUUGCUGUGAGGCGAUCUGCAGGGCGGUGAUUGAAGGAGAGGAUGAGUGGAAAAUUGGCAAAACCAAGAUUUUCCUAAAGGACACUCAUGAUGCUUUCCUGGAGCGACUGAGAGAGCAGGAGCUGAGCAGGAAAGCUGUGAUUAUCCAGAGGGUCAUGAUGGGACACAAAGACAGGAGAUCUUUUCUAAAGAAGAGGAGUGCAGUGCUGGUGUUGCAGAAAAACUGGAGAGCUUACAGACGGAGAAAACUCCAGCGUGGCUUCGAACGGCUGAUGGCAAAGAUUAGAAGUCGAAAGCUCCACUUUCAUUACCAAAAGCAGAGAGCAGCAGCGCUGACGAUACAAAGCCAGAUCCGAGGCUACAGGGCAAGAAAGAACUUGAAACAGAGGAAGGCAGCCAUUGUCCUGCAGGCCCACACCAGGGGAUAUUUGACCAGAAAAAAGACUGACAGGAUGAUUAAAGAAGCAAGAGCUAAAAAGGCCGCAUCUCUCCAGGAGAAGGAGGACCAAGAGGAAAUCGCCCUGAAGCUUCAGCAGCGUCUGCUCGAGAUCGCCCAAGAAAAUCAAUCUGAUGAAGAACAAGAGUCCAACAGUGAGCAUGAUUCAGAGGAGCACAUAUAUGAAAUGGUACCCACACUAACCGUGGAAGAACCAGCUGAGGAAGAACCAGCUGAGGAAGAAUCAGCUGUGGAAGAACCAGCUGUGGAAGAACCCCCAGUGGAAGUGGUAAAACAGGACACAUUAAAGCCAGAUGACUUGAAGAGACAAGACCUGCUGGAGCCGGAGGAGGAUCCGUCAGUUAAAAUCACCAUCAGUCCAGCCUCAAACUCAAGGACCUCGACACCUUCAAUAGGAGAAGAUGAUGAGGAGGAUGAGUUUGAUGAAGACAGUGAUCAGUUUUCUUUCUACAAGUUCAGCAUCCUCCACUUCCAGGGCGAAGAAAAUACACACAAGCACAUCACACAGAGACUCAGAAAGCCUCUUCUGUGUCACGAUGACGAGGGCGAUGCAUUGGCAUGUCUGACUGUAUUCUGGAUUAUUCUGCGUUACAUGGAGGACAUGCAAGAGCCAAAAUCUCAUGAUGCCUUGUCUCAAGCGUCCAGCACCAUUUCCAGUAAUAUUUCUAACAGACGAGGCCGCAGGCUGAGCAGCCUGGUGGGACUGGACCAGAUAAUUUUAAGGAAGAACAAGAAAAAGUUCUCAACUGGAACUGGAAGGAAAGCCUCCACUAUUCUUGAGGAGCCAGAGGAUCUGACUGAGGAUGAGGACGUUCUUAUUGGAGAGGGUCCCAAACUUCAUCGAUACCUCACAUCUCAGGAGAAACUGCAGAUCAUUAUCGGAUAUGCUCUGUCCAGACGAGGCAUAAGGGAUGAGAUCUACUGUCAGAUCUGUAAGCAGCUGGUGGAGAACAGAAACAGGAGGAGCCGAACACUCGGCUGGACUCUUCUCUCCCUUUGCCUCGGGAUCUUCCCACCAUCGGACCUCUUCAUGAAGUAUUUGGAGAGUUUUGUCCGCAGAGGGCCAAUGGGCUACGGAGCAUAUUGUUCCCAGCGCCUGCGUCGUAUUAGGGAAAAUGGAGAGAGAAAAGAGCUGCCAUGUGUAAAGGAACUAGAGGCUGCAAAAUCUAAGACACCCAUAGAGGUGUCUGUAGACACAAUGGACGGCCGCUCUAUCAGUGUGGAACUGGACUCAGCCUCCACCUCUGAAGAAGUUUGUGAAUCUAUGGCUGAAAGUAUAGGUCUCAGAGACACAGAUGGGUUUUCCCUGUACAUCAGUAUGUUUGACAAGAUGUGGUCUCUGGGCAGCUGUGGGAACCAUGUGCUGGAUGCUGUGUCACAGUGCGAGCAGGAGAUGAAGAGGCAGGGGAAGCAGGAGAAGGACGCUCCCUGGAGGCUGUCCUUCCGCAAAGAGCUGUUCACACCCUGGCAUGACUGCUCAAGGGACCAGACCAGCACAGAUCUGAUCUACAGACAGAUCAUCAUGGGGAUGAAAUCUGGAGAGUACACUAGUGAGAAGGAGGAUGAAUACAUCCAGAUGGCAGCACAGCACUAUUACAUCCGCUUUGGCUCCAUUUUCAACAAAGACAACAUGCAGAAGGUGGUUACAGAAUGCAUUGCCACGCCACUCAUUGAGAACAAAUCCAUGGCAAAGUGGGUCCAGCUCAUCAGCGCAGCACACUUACAGGGUCCUUAUGUCAACGGGGAGCAGACGUCAGAGAGUGUUAAAGGAGAACUCGUUGGCUGUGCCCGUCAGUUGUGGCCCGUUGAUUUCUCCAAAUUUUAUCAGGUCACCAUGAUGUCAGGUCCUCCUUUGGUCAAGAGUAGGUUUUUUGUGGCUGUUAACUGGAGUGGCAUCUUUUUCAUGGACGGAAGAGACAGGAGACUUCUUGAGCUUCCUUACGUUGAGGUAAAGGAAGUAAGCUUGAUAAGUGAGGAACAUUUGAGUGUUCAGUCAGUGAGCUUGGCCACAAUCAGAGGGGAGUUUGUCCUGUCAUCUCCUGAAGCUGAAGGCAUGGCAGCACUGAUAGAGGAAAACCUGAAGGGGCUGAGACAGCGCUCGGUGUACGCUGUGGUGCAAUAUGAUUCUGGUAAACAAGACGACCCAAUGUUCCUAACAUUUAAGCGUGGAGACCUGCUGCUGGUAGAAAAAGAUGAACAUUAUCCUCCCAAAGACAAGCUGAUCAGGGCAACCAACCAGCGGACCAGCGACAGCGGAGUAGUUCAUACGGACUCACUGCAGUUUCUGCCAACUCUCAGCAAACCCUCAGAUGACAUACUGGAGCUGCUCAUUCCAGGUUCAAAGAUAACUUCAGCAGCACAAAGUGCUCCACAGAGAGAGGAAACAAUGGCCCCUGUUUCUCUUAAAGAGUUUGCAAUGGAGAACUUCAGGCCUGCAGGUAAAGAUGCGGGUCGGCAGGGUGUGGGCCGAGCGGCCAGCAGGGAGAAGUUGUGGGCUUGUUCGAAAGAACCCCUCAAACAGCCACUGAUGAGGAACCUCGUACGCAACUCUGAACUCAGCAGCCUGGCCUGCAACGCCUUCACUGCCAUCCUUAAGUACAUGGGUGACUACCCUAUCAAACAAGCUCGCACUCCUCUGGAGCUCACUGACCAGAUCUUUGGUCCAGCCACACAGCAUGAAGAUCUGCAGGAUGAGAUCUACUGUCAGAUCAUGAGACAGAUGACUGGGAACACCAGCAUGUUGAGUGUGGAGCGAGGCUGGCAGCUGAUGUGGCUGUGUACAGGUUUGUUCCCACCUAGUCAAAUGUUGAUGAGACACACUCAGCGCUUCCUGGAGUCUCGACCAAAAGAACAGCUGUCUUUAGACUGUCUGCACAGGCUGAAGGCGAUGCUCAGUAAGGAGCCCAGGAAGCUUCCUCCCCACAUGGUAGAAGUGGAAGCCAUCCAGCAGAACAGCUCCCAGAUCUUCCACAAAAUCCACUUCCCAAAUGACACUGACGCUAUAUUUGAGGUGUCAUCGACGACCACAAUCAAAGAGUUGUGCUUCACUAUCGCCUCUCUGCUAAAACUUGGCUCAACUGAAGGAUACGGCUUAUAUCUGAAAACACAACACAAGGUCUCAAGUAUGGAGGAGGACAAAUAUUUCUUUGACAGCUUAAGGCAAACUUCAGAUGCUCCGAAGAAAGCUAAAAAAGGCAGAGAAGGCUCCCAGACCAACAUACCAUACCAGGUGCUCUUCAGGAGGAAGCUCUGGUUCAAUGUGAGCCCAGAGAAAGACCUGAUUGCAGACCUAAACUUCCAUUUCCCACAGGAACAGCCUAAGUACCUGAAAGGGUACCACACCUGCUCCAAAGAGGACAUGAUCAAGCUGGCCGGGCUGCUCUUCAGAACUCAGGUGGAUUCAGACAGGUCACAGUUUGUCAUGAUCCCCAAAAUGUUAAAGCAUUUGGUUCCUGCUGACCAGAUCAAACUCAUGUCACCAGAUGAAUGGAAGAAGCAUAUCAUCUCCUCCUACAACAAGCAGAGCGGGAUCACUGUGGAUGAGGCCAAAAUCGCCUUCCUGAAAACCAUUUCAAGCUGGCCGACCUUCGGCUGUGCCUUCUUUGAAGUCAAACAAACAUGUGAAUACAGCUACCCAAAUAUACUACGGAUUGCUGUCAGCAAGCAAGGUGUGAGCUUGAUAGACCCAGAGACAAAGGAGUUGCUGGUCAUGCACCAGUUUAGCCGCAUCACAGACUACCAGAGCAAAGGAAAUACUUUCCAGAUGACCAUCCGAACACUGGUGAAUACUGUCAACUUCGUCUGUGAAACCACACAGGCCAAAACAAUGGUGGACCUUCUCAGGUCAUACGUCAGCAUGUACGAGAGGCAGAGGGAGACUUUUCAGCCGAGGAACCACAUGAUUUUCUUUUGAGGCUUCAAAAGCAAAACAAUGGACUGGACUAAACUAUUAAUUUAUAUAAAAUCUCAACAACAUGGGGAGCUGGCAGCCAAAGUGAUUAAACCUGGUGGGCUAGGUUUAAGUCUGGCUUGUGGCUCCUUACCCACAUGUCCUAACCCCCUCUCUCUCUUUUUUGUCCCAGCUCUAUCCAGUGUCCUAUCUAAAAAAAGGUGGAAAAGUAAGAAAAUAGAUCUUAAAAAUCAGAAAAAAUUUCCACUCAGAUAUAUUUAUAUAUACUUUAAAUUACAAAAUCCUCCUUAAUACAGAAGACUUCUGCUGAAAAACAGUUCAUUCAUUGUAAUUCUUAACUUAGGUCUCUUACUAAAACAGAUGAGUUUGUAAAAAUGUAAGUUCAGACAAAUGUAAAAUAAUUGAAUA